GUCAAAGGCUGCGUUGCCGCUACAACAUUUGACGAACUUGCAUCGGCGCUUACAUUAUUCAUUACGCAUUUUAUCGCCGACACAAGCGACAAUGCAGCAGACUUUGCUUCGUGGUUCGUCCAGCGUGGUUGGCAGCCGGCCUACAGCUGCCCCCAUUCCAUCGCGGUGCAUUAAGCGCAGCCGCCUAGCGAACUUCAAGCCAGCAGGCGCAGCUGUUAUUAACCGUCCGGACAAUGAGGAGGGCCUGACCUACAAGAAGGCGGGAGUGGACAUUGACGCUGGCGAUGAGCUUGUGAAGCGCAUUCAAAAGCUGAACCCCAACAUCGGCGGCUUUGGCGGCAUGGUUCCAUUCGGAGAUUCGUACCUGGUUGCCGGCACCGAUGGCGUGGGCACCAAGCUCAAGCUUGCAUUCGACAUGAACAAGCAUGACACGGUCGGUAUCGACCUGGUCGCCAUGUCCGUCAAUGACAUCAUCACCCUGGGCGCCAAGCCGCUCUUCUUCCUGGACUACUACGCCACCGGCCGUCUUGACGUGGACACCGCGGAGGGCGUCAUUCGCGGCAUCGUGGAGGGCUGCCGGCAGUCGGAGUGCGUGUUGCUGGGCGGCGAGACGGCGGAGAUGCCGGGCUUCUACCAGCCGGGCGAGUACGACCUGGCUGGGUUUGCAGUGGGCGCGGUGAAGAAGGAGAAGCUGAUUGACGGCAAGGCCAUCAAGGCGGGCGAUGUGGUGUUGGGGCUGGCGAGCAGCGGAGUGCACUCGAACGGCUUCUCGUUGGUGCGCAAGGUUCUUGAGGUGUCGGGCACCUCGCUGCACGACCCAGCUCCCUGGGACUCUAGCAAGACGUUCGGGGAGGUGCUGCUGGCACCCACCAUCAUCUACGUGCGCAAGGUCCUGGAGCUCCACGAGAAGGUGGGCCUCAAGGGUGUUGUGCACAUCACGGGCGGCGGCAUGCCGGAGAACAUCCCGCGAGUCAUCCCCGACGGGCUGGGGGUGGCCAUCCGUGACGGCUCCUGGCCCAUGCCGGAGCUCUUCAAGUGGCUGCAGGCGACCGGCAAGGUUCCCACUGACGACAUGCGCCGUACCUUCAACCUGGGCGUGGGUCUAGUGAUGGUGGUGGCUCCGGAGCAGGUGGAGGCGGUACGGCAGCUGGCUCCGGAGGCGUUCGUACUGGGAGAGGUGGUGGCGGGCGAGGGAGUGCAGUUCGUA